AUGGUCGCAUUCCCUCCCGUCCCGUCGUCCUCUCCCAACGCAUUGAAUGCGCCUGGUCUUAUGGCCACCCCUUUGGCUCAUCGAUCGCUCUCCGCCCCAUCCCACCUCCAACUGUCGGAACUCGACCAGGACAGCUUUGUCUCAGGCCAACUCAUGGCUAAUAAGAACUACACCACCCAAAACGACAAUCUCUUCCAGCAAAGCCAGAGCCAUCAACUACAACAAUACCAACAACAGCAACAUCAACAGCAGCUGCUUCAACAACACCUAAAUGCCCAAUUUCCUGCCACACCCACUCAACAAGCAUACGACCAGCAGCAAUACUUCAUGCAGUCACAACUUCACAUGGGCAUGCAACAGCAACACCUGCAACAACAACAGAUGGUCAGCGACUCCAGCAUUUACACCUACCAGCAAGCUGUUCACCCUUUCCAGGUGGAUGUGCUCCAUGCUUCACUAAAUCAAGUCGAGAUGUCCUCACCCGUGCGCGUUAAGUUUGAGUUUCCCAGCGACUCUAUGCCACGACAUCAAUCCUUUGCGUCCCAAGACAUGGACGACGUUCAGGGCUCCACAGGUUCCAUCGCAUACUCUCCUUCGUCCUCGUCGAUGGACAGCUCAAGUCCCACGUUCAGCGGUGCUGCGGCUAUCCCACCCACCUCUGGAGGCAACCCAUCCGGGCUCCGAUCGACUAGCAGAGUCAUUUCGAUGCCCUUUGAAGACUCGGCCUUCUCCCAAUUCGAGCUGCCGGAGGAGUUUGCAGGGUACGCUUUCCCUCGCCACGGUUCUCUUGGGUCACUAUACCCCAUCACGCAAUCUCACGAGCUCCUCGACGCGACAUCUCCUUUUGGGUCUGCGGCGCACCACCAUUAUCAUUUCCAUGGCCGCCGUCGCUACGAUACUGGCGGCACUGAUAUGGUCCCUUCUACCUCCUCCACUUCCAUCUCGUCCGUUUCGUCUUUGCCGCCCAGCAGUGGCGGGUCGAUGAACGGCGUUGCUCCACCUGCUGGCGCAGCCGGAGCCAAGAUAAUCAAGCAACGCCGAGCGUCGCUGAGUCCAGACACUCCGAGCAGGGUCUUUAACUGCCUUAUUGACGACUGUGGCAAACUCUUUAAACGCUCAGAGCACCUAAAGCGCCAUGUACGAUCUGUGCACACGCUGGAGAAACAAAAGGCGGCGGCGGCAGCAGCAGCACCGCCCAAGCCGUUCACUAACUUUACGCCCUUCCUCGGACCCACUGAGAAGACCGCCAAUCUGUUGUAG